AAGGCCACCAGGAGUGGAAGCACCAUCUUGAAGACCAGGUGUCUGCCUGGGACAGUGCAGGACUUUGAAUAUGUCGGGGAUCGCCCUCAGCAGACUUGCCCAGGAGAGGAAAGCUUGGAGAAAAGACCACCCAUUUACCCCUUGGGAAGGAGGCUUGUUUAAACUACGGAUGCUCUUCAAAGAUGACUAUCCAUCAUCACCUCCGAAAUGCAAAUUUGAACCACCAUUAUUUCACCCGAAUGUGUACCCUUCAGGCACUGUGUGCCUGUCCAUCCUCGAGGAAGACAAGGACUGGAGGCCAGCCAUCACGAUUAAGCAGAUCUUGUUAGGAAUACAAGAACUUCUAAAUGAACCAAAUAUCCAAGAUCCAGCUCAAGCAGAGGCCUACACAAUUUACUGCCAAAACAGAGUGGAAUAUGAGAAAAGGGUUCGAGCACAAGCCAAGAAGUUUGCACCCUCAUAAGCAGCGACCUGCGGCAACAUCAAAAGGAAGGGAUUGGUUUGGCAAGAACUUGUUUACAACAUUUGCAGAUCUAGCAUCGCUCGAUACAAUUACUAGUCACCUAGGGGAGGUGGGCGGGCGCCAUUUUCCAUUUCCGCCACUGGUACACAGUUCUCCACUUGCUGAAUUGCCCAGUUUUUCAUACAGGGUCUCUUCCUUCAGUCUUUUGUAUUUUUGAUUGUUAUGUAAAACUUGCUUUUAUUUUAAUAUUGAUGUCAGUAUUUCAACUGCUGUAAAAUCAUAAACUUUUAUACUUCUACGAGUCCCUGAGGAGCUAGUUCCCUUUGCUCGCGGGUGCAGGCUGCUUCCCACUGUCAGAGCUAUGCGUAGCCUCAGCUGGCUGUACAAAAAGCAAUCAGCCUGUCCCCUGCCCUGCGCCUCUGUCCUCUGCAGAACCCGGGUUGUGUUGCUAUGAGCCUCAGAUCCAAAGUCAGCCAGCCUCUUGUUUCCGCAUCACUUCCUUUGUGUUUAUAUGGCGUUUUGUCUGUGUUGCUGUUUAGAGUAAAUAAACUGUUUAUAUAAAGGUUUUUGUUGCAUUAUCGUCAUUAAAAGUGUGAGGAGGCAGCCCCAGGGUGUGUCUCCCCACCCCCUUCCACAGCUGCAGGCCCCACAGAGCACCGUCCUCGGCCCCAGCACGUCUCGUUGCCCAACUGGGUCCUACGUGCAGUUGUCCUGGUCCUUUGUGAAGUAGUGCUGUGUACAGAGAUGGUGUGUGUCCAGGGUUUCUGUCCCCCUGCCUGGUUCUUCAGGCUGUAGAGCACUAGAGUUCAGAUCUGGUCAAGUUGGAACUGCUGUCAAGACCCUUCUAAAGUGUGUGCUGCCGGCGCAUCAGGAGGAGGGAAUGCCUGGACCCAGGCCGGGUGCUGAGCCAGGGCACGGAGCUCCUCACAUCUGGCACCGCCCUUGGGCUUCUGCAUGUAGCAUCCUGGCCCUCCCACGCUCACCGCGUCAGCCCCCACCCCUGGGUACAGGCAGUCUCGGGCACGGGGACACCCCUAGAGAGCAGUCCGCGGGCCACUGUCGCAUGUACUCUGUCUCCUGAAGUAUUCUGAACCUGGUUGCGCAAGGAGGCCGCUCUCAGAAGGAACCCUGGAACCUGAGCCCGCAGCAGGGCACAGGAGCUGGCUGCCCGUUCUGUCGGAGCAGUCCUGGGUCCCGGCUCAGCGGGGAGGUGUAGAUGGAGACAGGACGUGACGGAAGGGGACCUGGCCUCUGGGUCCCAGUGAACACAGCUGACCACCCUGAGGUCUCUUGUCAGAACCAGCUUGCCUGUGGCUCUGGCAUGCAGACCGAGGUGGGUGUGGUCCCCAAAUGGUGAGGAGCACAAGGAGGGCUGGUCAUCUGGGCCCUGGCCUGGAAGAGGUACCUCUGUUUACCCCAGAAAUGUGGCCCCUCCUCUGACAGCAUGGCCCGAGGGCCCAGUGCCUUGUUCACCUGCUUAGCUGGACGUCUGUUGGGUUGCUGAGCUCUGAGCUCUCAGUUUGAUGUUCAUGAUUCUUUCUCAUGCAGAGGGCCUUACUCGGGGGGUUCAGUGGGUCGUGUGUGUAUAGCCCCUCCCAGAAUGUCUUAUUUUGUAAUGACUGAACUACACUUAGUAAUAGUUACACAUGUAUAUGGUUAAUAUAUAUGGAAAUGCAAUAUAUUUUCUAGUUAAAGCAUUCUAAAGUAAUCGAUGUUUCUAGCACAUUGUCGUGACUUUGGCUAAUGAAAUGUCCUUUUGUGCCACAGUUCUUGGCUUAACAAAGAUGUGAAUCUUGUAACAGGAGAACUAUGAAAUGUGAUCAUUCUGUUUCUACUGUAAGGGAAGAGAGUGUGUUCCCAGCAUGAGGCGCCUAAUUAGUGAGGAAUUGUGGGCAAUAGAUUAACCACUGUAUCUAAGAAUCCUCUAAUUAAAACAU